CCGUAGUUUGCAAGGAAUUUGGUAACUGGGGAUCUUUUUAGUCUAGACUGGUAACUUACUUAACGCAUUUUGCUUUCCGUAAAUCAGAACGCUUCGGACUCUUCAUUCAUCGAUACCUGCGAUUGUAACAUGCGUUCCUGCUCGCUGUUUGUGUCUGCCCUUUUUCUAGGAGCAUCGCUCUUUACUUUUGUUUUUGGGGCGCCUGUUUCUCCCAUCAAUUCGCCAGUCCUUGUCCAGCUUGUACCGCAAACAAUCUCACUGGAGAACUUGGCGCUUCGUCGCAAUGGAGAUAUCUUAACUACGUCAACCGCAUCCUCCUCGCUCUUCCUCGUAUCUUUAAAUAGCAACUGGACAUAUCCCAUCGUUGUCCAUGAUUUUCCAACUAUCAAUAUUCUUCUAGGGAUAGCUGAGUUGGACGAAGAUGUCUUCUACGUCACCGGUGCUGUUUCCGCCAGUUCACCUAACCCUCUAAACGAGAUUUGGGAAGUAGAUAUGCGUCCUCUGCGCAUCUCUGCUAACGGAACCAUCCUGCAACCAGCUGCUGUCACCUUGGUUUCGAGCGACACUUCGGGAGGUCUGUACAAUGGAAUGACCCGCCUGGCUACCAACGAUACGAGUAACAUACUAUUGGCGGACACCUUUCUUGGGACAGUCACGCGCGUCAACGUUGCCACUGGCGAAUCCGCUGUUGUCAUCCAGGAUCCUCUCCUGACUGUUCAGAACGAAACGAAUCUGGCCAUCGCUGUAAAUGGGAUCCACACACGCUAUAAUAAGCUCUACUUUACCAACUUGAACCAGGGGGUUUUUGGCAGCGUGCCUAUCUCCUUGACAACUGGUGAGCAAACCGGUACAGCAGAAAUCAUCGCUUCAGGUCUCUUCGUGGUGGACGAUUUCGUGCUUAAGACAGACGGCACCAAGGCCUGGGUUGCUAUGAAUGGACCCUACGACUUGGUCGAAGUUGACAUUACGACAAAGACUAGUCGCGUGGCAGUGAACUCGAGCCUCUUGGGUGCUGAGUCUGCUGUUGCUUUCGGCCGUACUUGCCGAGAUUCGAAUUAUCUCUACAUCACAACAUCUCAACCCGCUGGAAACUCUACGAUUGGCAGUAUUGUCAAAGUCGCUUUGGCUUAGGGUGUUGACAUGGUUAUUGAUAUCGUUGGAACGCAAAGUUUCAUUUGCGGGACACCUUAAAAUCUUUUUCAUUGGCUCAUAAAUUUAGCUCUUAGAUUCUAUGUAUCUACCUUUUUCUGCCACCAGGUCUGACAGCUACUAUAUAAUAAAAUCGCUUUGAGAAAGACUUGGCGUUUCAAUUACACCCAAUGUUU